GGGAUGUUUGUACACUGAGGAACUCUGUCAGAUCAAUUAUUCAUUUGAAAAUAUUAAAUAAAUUUGUCAGAUCUUUUUCCUUUUUUACAAGACAUACCCAGUCACACUCUAUUUUUUUAAGCUAUGGCAUUUCUCAUGAAUCAAAUGAUGGGCAGUAAGUUGAAGAGUUUUGCUGAUGCAGGUGGCGAAGGCGGCAGCAAAGCUGGAGCAGAUGGAAAAGAAACGGCCGAGUCCAAAGGCAUGUCCAGGGAGGAGUUUGAGGAAUACCAGAAACAGCUGGUGGAAGAAAAGAUUCAACGAGACAAAGACUUUGCAACAAAAAAGGCUGGGAGGGCAAAUCUGAGAGUCGCACUCAGAGAUAAAUACCGACUACCAGAUAGCGCUCUCGACGGCGCCAUGAUUCAGAUGGCCGGAGACGACGCUGACCUGCCGGAGGAACUGGCCAAAAUGGUGGAUGAAGAUGAGGAGGAGGAGGAGACCAACGAUUCAUUCCUCCACCAGCUUCAAAACAUGGACCUGGACGAACUGAAAGCCAAGGCCCAGAGCAGAGUGAGCGAGCUCAGGCAGACUGCAGAGGAGAAAUGUGUCCUCAUGUGAACGCCUGCAGGACAGGCGCCACGCCCAGACCAGCUUUAUUAUUUAAAUUUAGCUCCCGUGUCACUUUCUUUUUUUUAUUUACUUGCUACAGAACAGCCUCAGCUCUGGACAGUUUCCUCACAGAAAAGCUCCUUGUUUUCUAUGUCUCCAUUUCUUUCACUGGGAAACAUUUAAAUGCUUCUUAAACAGAUGUAAAAAGAGAUGAGAGAAGUUUUAUGCUCUCAAGGUUUGUCAAUAUCAAAUGUGUUUACAUAGCACUUUGAAAACAGGUUUAAAACUGCACCAGAGUGGGGCACAAAAAUUAUAAUAAAAUAAGUUGAUGAAAAGAAAAGAAAAUGGUCACAAGAAUAAAAAAAUGUAUUAUGCUAAAAAAAAAAAAGUAAUAAUAAGUAAAAACAACAACAACAAAAACAAGCAUGUAAAAAUACAAAAAUGUCUGCUUUUCUGGAAGGUAUGUAAAAGAUUUGCUGGGAAAAGAUUUAUAUCCUCUACUUAAAAUUAUGAAUGUUGUGCAUUUUCCUGUCUGGAAAAAAAUUAAGACACGACUUAAAAUGACCAGUUUCUCAGAUUUUUAAUUAUUUGUAUUACUAACAACAUAUCUAUGACAUUCCAAGCAAAAAUGUAGUAUUUAUUUGCAGAAAAUGAGAAAUGGUCAAAAUAACAAAAAAGUUGCAGUACUUCAAACGAUGCACCGAAAAUAAUUUUAUAUUAAUUUAGAAACAAUAAUAAUAAUAAGAAGAAUGUUUUAACUCAGGAAGAGUUGAGAAAUCAAUACUUUGUGGAAUAACCAGGAGAUUUUCAAUGGCAUUGUUAAUUUUUUCCAUAUCCCAACAAACUCAAUAAACUUUUAAAGCUA